AUGUCCUCAGACCAGGAUCCUCCUACCUCACCUCGUCCUUCCAAGCAGGACAAGGGUAAAGGUAAAGCCAAAGCCGACCCCAAACCCAAAUUCCCAAGAUCUUUCAGAAUCGCUAAACCUGGUGAUUCCGAUCUCGAUGUCGUUGCUCGAGAAAUGCAUAAACACCUUGAUCCGGAUUUACUUGGGACAGAAACGAUGUUAGCAGAAGAGUUGGAACGGAUUGAUCUCUUGGAAGGUGAAGAAUUACCUAUACCUCCUGGUGCAGAAGGCGGACCUGAUUUUCGGGGAAGACGUACCCCUCUCUCCCCUGAUCACCAAAUCCCUCAACAAUCUCAGCCAGUCCCAAAGAUAAUAGAGGAGGGAACCUCUGGAACUUCCGAGCAAUCACCUACCAAGAAAGCCAUUUUGGGUAGGCUCAAACAAUCUCCCGGAAAGAUUACUAGUUUCAUGUCCACCACCUUUCACAGCUUCUGUUCAUCGCCUAGUAGCAAGCUUCGAAGACCACUCAGUCAACAACCUCUCACUAGUGGAUCACGCAGCUCUCACACUCUCACUGCCACUGUCGAACAGUCGCCCUCCUCGCCAUCGACAGGUCAGUUCGUCCGUCGACGUAGUGUAAGCGAUCCCGAAGCGUCCGAAUACCUUUCCCAAAGUCGUCAAGUGGCCUUUCGGUCUGGUAUUCUGAGACCUUCGAUCCCGGUCAACAUCCCUCUCUCGCCUCUCAAGAGACUCGAGGUCGACAAGGAACAUCGUAGGGUAGAGCUUGCUCAUAAAGCGCUUGAGACUGGAUGCAUCGAUGGUUCAUCACCUUGCAUCGAAGAUCUUAGGCGAUUACCUCCCUGGUCAUCCAUCACUUUGGUGAAACCGUCAAGGGAGAUCCAACCAUCGUUCCUCGAACAAAUUAUGUCUCCUCAGGAUCCAGAUUAUCCAACUUCUCCACCGCCACCGACACAGGCCGCGAUGGAUCGUCGAUCCAAGCACUUCGAACAUGCUCCCGUGGUUCAUCGAUGGGAGGUGAUUGAAUCUUCCCAAGGUGAACCGAUUCUCAAAAGAAUUAGGAACCCUCCACCCCCUUCGAUGUUUCCUGCACGAAGAUCCUCUUUCAGUAUUAAUGGUAAUUCGCCCAUCUCCAACCUUCCUCCGGGUGCUGCACCAGCUAUCGACAUCACUCAAACUGGAGGAUUAUGGGAAAAGGUGUCUUUGCUCAGUCGUCCAACAGCUCAAGAAACCCUAAGGAGCGUACAAGAAUGGGGGAAUCAUCCAGAGAUGUGCGGUGCCCAUCACAUUCACAGCCACUCACUCCAAGAAGAUGUUCUCCUUGACAGGAACUCGCUGCCAAGAUAUAGAGCUCGAUCUCUUAGCGAUCCUCCUUCUAGAAGAGCUGGUUCGAUGCAUUCUGCUCCUCCUCCUGGAGUUUCACCAUUCCGUGUCACCGCCACCAAUCACCACGAAUAUACCCCCUCUUUGGAACAGGAUACCGGUUCAAGUCAUUCUGAAGAUCAAGAUUAUCAGCCUCCGGAGUAUGACUCUGAACAGGUCCAGAAUUCGUCUACAAUCGGUCACGCCGAUCAAGAGGACGAUACGAGUGGAGCAAAACCAAGAUCCGGACUAUCCGAAGUAAUGAGGUUGAGAGGUGGCUCACUCCAUUCCAACAAGAGAGAGGAUGAAUCAAGGAAUGAUGUAAAAGGGGGCUUUCCAUCUUCGCAAGAUAUCGCACCUCCAACAUUCAGGAAUUACUGGCCAAGAGGGGCUCUCUCCGGUGAGAGAUCGUCAGAGAACUGUUAUGAUACUUUGAGACCCAUCCCAACCGUGGAUAAUACCAUGUUAAAGAGGAUGAAGGAGGAAGAUGACCAGGAUUGGUACUGUAAAAAUGCACAGGACUGUCAGUCUUCAAUCUCUGACAUCGCCCUCAAUCGCUCCUACCAGACUAGAGGCCAUGAUGGGACCAAUAACGAAUCGUUGUAUCCACCCAGAAGUUCAAACAUAAUGUUUCUGGCCCCGGCUACAUCGUACCCAGCCAUUGCAAGACCAUUCGCAAGGCCGGCUCCUACCCAGAGGAUGCCGCUACAUGCCCACUAUCAUCCAAGUGAUUGCUGGGUAUCAAACAGACCGAAUUGCCUAGUCCUGGAGAAGCACAGAUCCUAUCAAGUACCUCUUGAGCCAGAGAUUGAAGGUCAUGGACCGCAACCUCAUCUUAUCGCAAUCCCCAGCUCUGCACCUUAUACACAGCUGCAAAGGAUUGAUGCCCUAGAUCUGGCCAUCAUGCAAAAGCUAGCAUUCGCUUAUGGACCAACCGCUUUCCUGGUUAUAUCCGAAGUGGAUCCCGAUAAAUAUGUGCAAAACGCUUCAAAUCGGAUCAAAGUGCUUCGAUGGAGAAGAGGUGUGGAGGACGCAGUCAAUGACACCGAAGAGGAGAUUAAAUCGACAUCUCAGCAAUCAAUCGGACUACCGAUGCCUGUUCCGGAAUAUCAUCAUGCGCGACAUCAUUUUGCCAGCUCCAAAGACCGGAAUUGCAUCCUUGAAGAAGCACAGGAAUAUCCGCUGAGGUUGAGAGGUGGGAAGCCAAAAGCUGGAACAUCCGAUAUAGGAAGUGGAGUUUCAGAAGAACAACAAAUUCCUGAACUUUCUACCUCACCCGCUCUACCACACCAAUCUUCCGAAGAUAUGCCCACCACUUCACCGGUUGUACCUUACACCGGCAAUUUUGCCCCUCAGCCACCACAUUUCUCAGCUUUUCAGAAUCUUCCUGCUAAUGCCGCUGGAUCGUCAAGCUCCAGUGCGGGUAAUGUGGCAGCAUCUGUUGCAUCUGGAUCUGGAACAAUCAAUCCACGAAUGAUCACGUCCCAAGUGACAUUGGCACCAAACACCCCGUAUGUGGAUCCUAUCAUGCCACCAUUGUUCAACGCUGCCUUCGGAAAGGGACCACCAGUACCAUAUCCUCAUCAUGCUUCAUCAGCUUUUCACCACUCUGUCGUACUUGCGGUCCAUGGAUUCCUUUCCCAGAAUCCCGGGCCGAUACUACCGGGCCUCAAGCAGCUAGGAACCGAAGCUAUGCGAGCCCUUGAUCCAGCAUACGAACGUGAGGCUGCUGCUAUGAGAGCAUUGGUUUUUGCUCGUGCGGUGGGCCGUUCAGCACCAACAAGACCACCUGUAAUAGUGGAUCCUCGCUCAACCGCUCCUCCUCGAGUAUCCAUUGCUCGAGCACCUCCUCAAUCACCUACUCCUCGAGCGCCUGCCCCUCGAGCCCCGGCUAUAACUCCUGCGCCACCCUCGCCGCAAGCGUUGGCCCCCCAAGAAGAGACGAGGCUACCAUUCCUCGAUACUGCUGGAUGGAACGAAUACCUCGCUACCAUGUCAUCUGGGCUGCUUGCGGAGGCUGAAAGCUCAAGCAGCUCCAGAGGUCCUUCAAAUCCCAUACAGGUGCCGCUCGAUAUCUAUGAAGAAUGGCCAGCUGCCUUUGCUGGUCACAAUAUUCAGAUUAUCCCCAGUGUAUCAACCACUCUACCCACAUCCUUGGAGGAAAGUCUCCUUGCCGCCUCCACCGCUGUUGCUCCUCAGCCACCUGUUCAAGGUAUUGCUGUCUCUCCUGCUGAAAGUUCGUCAUCAGUGGGAAGUGAGCAAUACUAUCCGAGUCUACCAGCAGCCGGAGGCUCAUCAGUGAAUGAACCUCAACCUGUCGAACCUGCUCCGAGCCGACCAUCAGGCCUGGGGAGAUCGGCCGAAGCAUUCACCGGUGAAUCUCUUAUACCUCCCAACAUGGUUCCACAGCCACCUUCACCUGACUUGGCCUCCUUGUCUCCAACCUGGCGAGGUGGAUUCCUCCCGGCCAUCCCCGCUUCGGUCCCUUCCACAUCUGUUGGUUAUGCUCCCCCGCAAAUCACGCCAGAGGUGUUUAAUCCAUUGUCUACAGCACCUGGUAUCUUCGGGGCCUAUGAUCUAUCCGGAAACUUACCCACCAAUGUUUCGAUAAGGAUCAAUCGAUCUCGAUCAGCAUCGCCCCUAUCAACUCGCCCCACACGAACUCUUCCUCGGGUGUCCAGAAUCCCUUCCCCAGCUCCGCCACAACCUCCACAGCCUCUGAAGCCACUCAGGGUACGACGUCUCUCCGGACCCGGUUCAAUGGAACAUCCAUCAGAGGACGACAAGCAAUCCACAGCGGAAGAAUCACGAGAAGUGGUCGAACAGCCUAAGACUGGUCCAAGACUCAAGAUUAUUGAACCUACACCUCGUGGUUCUUUAGGCAGCAAUGCAAGCCCGAUCGAUCCUUCUGCUGGUGCAACAGCCCAGACCACUCAACUAGGAAAAGAAGCUGUCCUUGGUGCCGCCGUACAAUAUUUGAUACUGGAGAGAAGCCGAGAAGCGAGAAACAAGAGGGAUACCAGCGUCCCUCCUCCACAAGAUCCGAAAGGAGGCCGACAAUUGACUGUGCCCGACCGAAAAACUCUGGCAUCGAGUUGUAGACGAAGAAGUUCAUCCGAUCCAAGUACUGCUAUGGCUCAGUAUGAAGCAAGAAAGGCACUUGUGGCGGCGGCUUUCCCUAAUCAACCGAUACCUCUUGAUCAGCAAGUAUAUCUGCAACAACUAGCUAGGGAAGCACAAGCGAGUCUAGUGCAGGCUCGGACCGAGAUCGCGCUUCAGCAUUACUCAGAAAGACAAUCAGCAGAAGCGGCUAGAAUGAUGCAGGAGAUCAAUCGAGGAAGAUCACCUUCUCCUGGUAUGAGAAGUUAUAUCGACGAGACGGGGACGGAAUAUAUUAUCAGGGACCCAGAAUACAAAUCGCGAUCAGCUCCUGCCUCUUCUUCUGCUGGGCAGUCGUCAUCAUCAUCGACAGGUGCCGUAGGAGCCAGAAGUCGAGGUGUAGGUAGAGGGAAUGCCCCUUUACAACGCAGACUCUCACAGGAGGUCAGAGCUGCUCUCAUAGAAGGUAGUAAUCUUCAGAGCGGUAGUAGUCAAGAUGUUCCUAAGGGUGAAGAGGAAGAAAGAGGUAGAAGUAGGGAGAGGAAAGGGAAAGGAAGGGAAAUCUCGGAGGCGGGUGAGCAGAGGGAUCCCAAGAAGAAGCGGUAA